CGGAGAGAGACCAAAUUCCUUUCCCAUUGGGAAUGUGAAGAAACUUGAACGUUCAUAUUGCCUGUUUUCUCCAUCUCCGCCGCCUACGACCACCGGAGCGCCGGUUAUCUCUCGCCAGGGGAACUAUCUUCACUGCUCCUUUCACUCCUGAAAUUCUGCAACUAUCUUGCGGAUUUUGGGGAUUUUGAUUCAUUUCUUGUUGUUCUUUUUUUUUUUUUUGGUUAUGUCGAAUCCAUCGGACGCCGGCGGAGGUGCGAGAUUUGUCGACCGAGAGCUGUUGGCGAAACGGCUAGGGAAAUCGAACUUUGCUCAGACCUGUAGCCUGUUGAGCCAGUUCCUGAAGGAGAAACGAAGUCUCGCAGAUUUGAACUCCGAUAAGGCUCCGAGGAAGAAGCCGAGAGAUGAACUGGAAAAGCCCGAGCCGUCACCGCCACCACCUCCUCCGCCGCCGUCUAUGACGAAUACGCCUAAUUCUUCCGAUGCGACACGGCAGCAGAAGGAUAAUCAGCCGAAGUUUGUCGGAUUCUCCAAUAACACCAUGAACAAAGGGGAGUUCAGGAGAUCGCCCUCACCGGAGCCUGCAACCGCUCAAAUGACCAUAUUCUACGCCGGAAAAGUUCUGGUGUACGACGAUUUUCCAAACGAAAGGGCCAAAGAGAUCAUGGCCUUGGCCGAUAAGGGAAGCCGCAGCGCCACCACCAUCACCGCUCCUACAGCCAUCCCCACCAAAUUCGGUUCUGAUUUGGAAAAACCUAACAACAACAACUCUCCGGCCAUCGAGCCAAAUGUUGUGGCCAAAACUCAAGCUCCUGUACCGGCCAAGCCGGCGCCGGAGCAGCAACGGAAACCGCAACCGGAAGCAAAAAACUCUUCUGAUUUGCCUAUUGCUAGGAGGGCUUCACUCCACAGAUUUCUUGAGAAAAGAAAGGACAGGGCUGUUGCAAGAGCGCCAUACCAAAUGAACCAGCAGCUUGAGGCUACUUUUAAAGCAAGUGGAAGCAGCUCAGCCAAUGAGCCCGGACCCGAGCCCGUUCCCGUGCUCGAGGCUGAAGCUGAAGAAGGCUUCCCAAGGCAUUUGGAUCUCAACUUAUAACGUGGUUUUGCAUAUCUAUCCCCUUGAAGAUAGCUCUCCACAAUUUAGUUGCUAUUUUGUGUCAUAUAUCACUGCUCUUCCAACAAUUAUGCCUUUCUAACAAAUAUUAUCUCAUGUAUUUCUUUUCUCUUCUAAAGAAAUUUUCAAUGCCAUA